GGCACCCGGCCGCCGGCGCCCCGCGGUGCGCACCCAGCGCCCCGACCCGCCGCACCCGCCGCCCUCUCGUGCCGACGGCCAGGCGCGCGUCUCGGUCCCCGCCUGGAAGCAGCGCUGAAGAUGGCGAGCGCGGCGCCCCAGGAGCACGCCCAGGAAGGAUGCCCGGCUCCCGCUGCCGCGGAGCGGGCGCCGCCGCCGCCGCCCCCGGCGCCCCCGGAGGAGGAGGCUCAGGAAGAAGCCCCGGAGGAAGGCGCCGCGGCGGCCGGCGCGGGGCCGCAGGUGGAGGAGGCCGCGGGCCGGGCGCCGGCCGCCGUGACCUGGCUGCUCGGGGAGCCGGUGCUGUGGCUGGGCUGCUGCGCCGAGGAGCUCCUGAGCUGGAAGAGGCCGCUGCGCAGCCUCCUCGGCUUCGUGGGUGCCAACUUGCUGUUCUGGUUCCUUGCAUUGACUCCCUGGAGAGUGUAUCAUCUGAUUUCCGUCAUGAUACUUGGGCGUGUUAUUAUGCAAAUAAUAAAGGAUAUGGUUUUGUCUAGAACAAGAGGUGCACAGUUGUGGAGGAGCCUCAGCGAAAGCUGGGAAGUCAUCAAUUCCAAACCAGAUGAAAGACCCAGGCUCAGCCACUGUAUUGCAGAAUCAUGGAUGAAUUUCAGCAUAUUUCUUCAAGAAAUGUCUCUUUUUAAACAGCAGAGCCCUGGAAAGUUUUGUCUCCUGGUCUGCAGUGUGUGCACAUUUUUUACAAUCUUGGGAAGUUACAUUCCUGGGGUUAUACUCAGCUAUCUACUGUUACUGUUUGCGUUUUUGUGUCCACUGUUUAAAUGUAAUGAUAUUGGACAAAAAAUCUACAGCAAAAUCAAAUCGGUUCUGUUGAAACUAGAUUUUGGAAUUGGAGAAUAUAUCAAUCAGAAGAAACGAGAGAGAGCUGAAGCAGAUAAAGAAAAAAGUCACAAAGAUGACAGUGAAUUAGACUUUUCAGCUCUUUGUCCUAAGAUUAGCCUCACAGUUGCGGCCAAAGAGUUAUCUGUGUCUGACACAGAUGUCUCAGAAGUAUCUUGGACUGAUAAUGGGACUUUCAACCUUUCAGAAGGUUACACUCCACAGACAGACACUUCUGACGAUCUUGACCGGCCAAGUGAGGAAGUUUUCUCUCGAGGUCUUUCAGAUUUUCCAUCUCUAGAAAAUGGCACGGGAACAAAUGAUGAAGAUGAAUUAAGCCUUGGCUUGCCCACUGAGCUCAAGAGAAAAAAGGAACAGCUGGAGAGUGGUCACAGAUCAAGCAAAGAGAAGCAGUCAGCAGCUGGUCUCACCCUUCCUCUGAAUAGUGACCAAACCUUCCACUUGAUGAGCAACCUGGCUGGGGACGUCAUCACAGCUGCAGUCACUGCUGCUAUUAAAGACCAGCUAGAGAAUGCUCAGCAAGUCCUUGCUCAGGCUGCACCCAGCCCAGGGGAGGAUACAGACACUGAAGAAGGUGAUGACUUUGAAUUACUUGACCAGUCAGAGCUGGAUCAAAUUGAGAGUGAAUUGGGACUUACACAAGACCAGGAAGCAGAAGCACAGCAAAGUAAGAAAUCUUCAGGCUUCCUUUCAAAUCUACUUGGAGGCCAUUAACUGGGAAUCAGCUUGCAGCAGCACAGAUGAACCACCAAAAAAUUUCAAACAAGACAAAACAAAACAAAAAAAGACAAAAAAAAAAAAAAAAAAAAAGGAAAAAAAUUGAACUGUGAGCUUUAAUGAUUACUUUAGAUUUUUGUUUUCUUUUCCAUUCUGCAGUGAAUUAAUUGGAUAUAUAUCAGCUGACACUGAUAGAUUGAUAUUUCUGAUAGUUAUUUUUAUGUAAUAAGCAUGGAAAUGAACUUUAUAUAUACACACACACAUAUAUACUGUGUUGUCAGAACAUAUUAGGGGUUGUUUUUAAAGCAAAAAGAAAAAAAUGCCCAAAACACCAAAUUAUUAAGAUCCUUCUAUAAGUAUUCUUUAUUUUUUCUUUAUGAUUCAUUUUCAAGCAUGCACAAUUUUAUUGUAAUUCACCAAAAAUAUUAAUAAUUAAUUGUGACUUCAUGUUGUAUCAGCUCCCUUACUCCUACUACUUGGAGUUAAAAAAAAAAAAACUGGUAGACUUUGAUAUAAAAAGACAAAUUAUCAAGAUAUCUUUAGUUGAAGGACUUAGGAAAUACUAUCAAAAU